UGAACAAGAAAAUAUCAAAGAAGGAGGGGCAUUCGUAAUAUUUCAAAAGGAGAGGGAUCGCUUGCUAAAUACUUCUUUCACUAAAUAUCACAGAACCCCCUAUAGUUUAGGAGAUUUGUGUUCGAUCCCCAUUUCUUUGACUAUUGUGUAGUGUCCUCCUCCUCCUCGGCUUCUUCUUCUUCUUCCUUCACCUUCCACAGAAAUGGCAGCGGCAGCCCUGCGGCCACUGCGCGCCAAUCUCCGGCACCUCGGCGGCCACCAACGCUGCCGCACAUUCAUCAACGCCCGCAUCAAGUGGGUCCGCGACCCGUACCUCGACAAGGCGAUCUUGAAAGAGAAGCACCUCAAGCCCAUCAUCUCACUCAAGAACCAGAUUUUGUCCUCUCCCUCCAAGAACCUCCCUCUGUCCUCCGCGGCCCUCCUCAAGCCCCAGCUCGGCCUCCCCACCACCGCCCUCGGUUUCUCCCAGAAGUACCCCUCGGUCUUCCGGGUCUUCCAGCCCGGCCCCGCUCCCCUCCUCGUUGCCCUCACCCCGCUGGCCGGCAUCCUCAACAAGGAGGAGCUUUCCAUUCACAGCUCCCGCAGGCGGGACACGGUCGACAGGCUGGCUAAGCUCCUGAUGCUCACGAGGGGCAUGAAGCUGCCUUUGAGCGUCAUUGAUGAGCUCAAGUGGGAUUUGGGUCUGGCCCAUGAUUAUGUGACCUCCCUGCUCUGCGACUAUCCUGAUUACUUCAAUGUCUGCGGCAUGAAAGAUCAGUCGACCGGCAAGGAAAUGCUCUGCUUGGAGCUCGUUUCGUGGAGAGAUGAGCUAGCAGUGUCUGAGCUGGUGAGGAGAGAGAGGGAGAACGGCGAUUCUGGCGAGAGAAGAGCAGUGCGCAUUAGAUAUUCGAUGAAUUUCCCGAAUGGGUUCGCCUUACAGAAGAGGGUGAGGGAUUGGGUCGAGAAGUGGCAGGAGUUGCCCUACAUUUCGCCAUACGAGGACGCGUUCCACUUGGCUCCGAGCAGCGACCAGGCAGAGAAGUACACUGUAGCAGUCCUCCACGAGCUGCUGUGGAUCCUCGUGUCGAAGAAGACGGAGAGGAGGAACCUGCUCGCCAUUGGGGAGAUUCUGGGGUUCGGGACUAGGUUCAGGAAGGCGCUGGUUCAUCACCCCGGGAUAUUUUACACAUCAAACAAGCUCAGGACCCAGACGGUCGUGCUCCGGGAGGCUUACAGGAAGGAUUUCUUGGCGGAGAAGCAUCCACUAGAGGGCAUGAGGCAUAGGUAUAUCCACCUCAUGAAUAAGUGGCCAAAACGAGUAGAGUCCGGUCCCGAUUCCCGUGCAAGGAAGAGAUCAAGGUUUCCUGGUGGAAGGAGAAGGGUGAGCAAUAGAGGUGGUCUGACCCAUGGUAGAGAUACGGGACUGCUUCCAGAUAGUGAAGUUGAGGAAGCUCACAAGGAUGAUCGGAUCAAGGGGCAAAUUCGACCUGAAUUAUGACAACCUAGUAAUUGCAAGACGAGUUCCCAUUGAACCUUGAGGUUGAGAUUUGUGAUCAUAAGAUAGCUUCUUCAGUAGUUAUGAUUACUCGAGACCAUGCCGAAUUAUGCCCGGGAAGCCUUGGUUGCAGUAUGUUAUCCCUCAACAGGAUGAGCGAGGACUGUUGUUCGGCUGGGUCGCGAAAUUCAAUGAUCAGAGCCUCAGCAUUAUCAGAUGUGGCCAUGGAUCUGCAUUCGAUCCAUAACAUUCAAAUGAGAGGCAGAGUCGAAGGUUCUUGAUGAUCGAAACAUGCGAAUGCUGCCUCCGAUGGUUCUUUUCCCGCAGUUUCUUGUACGAACAUGAGCAGAUCUCCCUCAAAGUACAGCAGAUAAAUGUACUCUUGACAGAUUUAUCUUGUUACGAAACAUGAAUCCUUAGAUACUGCCCUUGAUCUGGACCGAGUGUCGUCAGUACGAUUGCGAGGUGUCAGCUUGGAGUGGCUCUAACUCACGUCCCGGAUUCAUCUAUGUUGCGUUUGGUUUCAUAGUAUAAUUUUAAAAUCAGAAUUUAAUUUUGAAAAAGAAUGAUAUAAAUAGAGUUCACCAUUUGACUUUGUAUGAGUUAUGUUAUUUUGUUGCGAAAAAAAGUUGUAUAAAUGAGACCUACUUUUUGACUUUGUAUGAGUUA